UGGAGGUGGCGUAGUGGCCGCGGCGGCGGGGAGAAGCGCGGGUGAGGCUGGUGUCCUGACGGGCAAGUGACCAAAAGUGCGGGCACCGCCGGAAGGCUCAACUUCCCUUACGGUGUCUACCAGAAGAGCCUAGUUUUGGCUUUCCCAACAUGCGCGGGCACCCAGGGAGCAGCGGCUGCCCUCUCCGGGCCUAGGCAUGAUUUUCCCGGUCUCCCGCUUCGCGCUCCCCUGGCUGCAGCGGUCUGGAAGCCGUGUCUUGUCCCGCGCCGCCAUGGAAGUGGCUCUCCGAGGCGUUCGGAAAGUCCUCUGUGUGGCUGAGAAGAACGACGCGGCCAAGGGCAUUGCAGACCUGCUGUCCAACGGUCGUAUGAGGCGGAGAGAAGGACUUUCUAAAUUCAAUAAGAUCUAUGAAUUUGAUUAUCAUCUGUGUGGCCAGAGUGUUACCAUGGUAAUGACCUCGGUUUCUGGACAUUUGCUGGCUCAUGAUUUCCAGAUGCAGUUUCGAAAAUGGCAGAGCUGCAACCCACUUGUCCUCUUUGAAGCAGAAAUUGAAAAGUACUGCCCAGACAAUUUUGUAGACAUCAAGAAAACUCUAGAACGAGAGAUACGGCAGUGCCAGGCCCUGGUGAUCUGGACUGACUGUGACAGAGAAGGUGAAAACAUUGGGUUUGAGAUUAUCCACGUGUGCAAGGCUGUGAAGCCCAGUCUGCAGGUGUUGAGAGCCCGUUUCUCUGAGAUUACACCCCGUGCUGUCAGGAUGGCCUGUGAAAACCUCACUGAGCCUGAUCAGAGAGUGAGCGAUGCUGUGGAUGUGAGGCAAGAGCUAGAUCUGAGGAUUGGAGCGGCCUUCACUAGGUUCCAGACCCUACGGCUUCAGAAGAUUUUUCCUGAGGUGCUAGCAGAGCAGCUUAUCAGCUAUGGCAGCUGCCAGUUCCCAACACUGGGAUUCGUGGUGGAGAGGUUCAAAGCCAUUCAGACUUUUGUACCAGAAAUCUUUCACAAAAUCAAAGUAACUCAUGAUCACAGAGAUGGUACUGUAGAAUUCAACUGGAAAAGGCAUCGUCUCUUUAACCACACAGCUUGUCUUGUCCUCUAUCAGUUAUGUAUGGAGGAUCCCAGGGCAACUGUGGUAGAGGUAAAGUCUAAGCCAAAGAGCAAGUGGAGGCCUCAAGCUUUGGAUACUGUGGAGCUGGAGAAGCUGGCUUCUCGCAAGUUGAGAAUAAAUGCUAAAGAAACCAUGCGGAUUGCUGAAAAGCUCUAUACUCAAGGGUACAUCAGCUAUCCCCGAACAGAAACAAACAUUUUUCCCAAAGACUUAAACCUGAUGGCAUUGGUAGAACAGCAGACUUCUGAUCCACACUGGGGGGCCUUUGCCCAAAGCAUUCUGGAGCGGGGUGGCCCCAACCCACGCAAUGGGAACAAAUCUGACCAAGCUCAUCCUCCUAUUCACCCCACCAAAUACACCAGCAACUUACAGGGAGAUGAACGAAGAUUGUAUGAGUUCAUUGUUCGCCAUUUUCUGGCUUGCUGCUCCCAGGAUGCUCAGGGACAGGAAACCACUGUGGAGAUUGACAUUGCUCAGGAACGCUUUGUGGCCCAUGGCCUCAUAAUCCUGGCCCGAAACUACCUGGAUGUAUAUCCAUAUGAUCACUGGAGUGACAAGCUCCUUCCUCUCUAUGAGCAAGGCUCCUGCUUUCAGCCCAGUACUGUGGAGAUGGUGGAUGGAGAGACAAGCCCGCCCCAGCUGCUUACUGAAGCUGACCUCAUUGCCCUCAUGGAGAAGCAUGGCAUCGGUACCGAUGCCACUCAUGCAGAGCACAUUGAAACCAUCAAAGCCCGGAUGUAUGUGGGGCUCACUUCAGACAAGCGAUUCCUCCCUGGUCACCUGGGCAUGGGACUUGUGGAAGGUUAUGAUUCCAUGGGCUAUGAGAUGUCUAAACCUGACCUCCGGGCUGAGCUGGAAGCUGAUCUGAAGUUGAUCUGUGAGGGCAAGAAGGACAAAUUUGUGGUUCUAAGGCAGCAAGUGCAGAAAUAUAAGCAGGUUUUCAUUGAAGCAGUGGCUAAGGCAACGAAAUUGGACGAGGCUUUGUCCCAAUACUUUGGGGAAAGGGCAGAGGUGGCCCAACAAGAGGAUAUCUACCCAGCCAUGCCAGAGCCCAUCCGGAAGUGCCCACAGUGCAACAAGGACAUGGUCCUCAAGACCAAGAAAAGUGGCGGGUUCUACCUCAGCUGCACAGGUUUCCCUGAGUGUCGAUCAGCUAUUUGGUUUCCUGACUCAGUGCUGGAGGCCAGCAGGGAUGAUAGCGUGUGUUCGGUUUGUCAGCCACCCCCUGUAUACAGGUUGAAGUUAAAAUUUAAGCGUGGCAGCCUUCCACCAACCAUGCCUCUAGAAUUUGUGGGUUGCAUUGGUGGAUGUGAUGAGACCCUGAAGGAGAUCUUGGACCUGAGAUUUUCACGGGGCGGUGCCCCCAGAGCAAGCCAGGCCUCUGGCCUCCUUCAGGCCAGCCAGGCCCUGAACAGGGUGGACAGUAGCCAACAAAGCCACUCCCAGCUCCGUAGCAGCCGACAGACUGGACCCUCGAUGCCUCUGCACCAGACCCUCCAACCACCAACUGGCACUGGUGAAAGCAACUCUGUGACAUGCAACUGUGGCCAGGAGGCUGUGCUGCUCACUGUCCGCAAGGAGGGCCCUAACCAGGGUCGGCAGUUUUACAAGUGCAGUGGUGGUGGCUGCAACUUUUUUCUGUGGGCUGACAGCAGCCAUCAGUCAGGAGGAGGACUUCCCACCCCUGCCUCAAGACCUCCAGGAAGCUCCAUGGGACGCCUACCAGGCCCAGGCAACCAGUCGGGUGGUUUUGGUAACCCUAGUGAUGGAAGUGGUGGCAGCACAUCCUGCCUGUGCAGCCAGCCUGCCGUGACACGGACUGUGCAGAAGGACGGACCCAACAAAGGGCGCCAGUUCCAUACGUGUGCCAAGCCACGAGAGCAGCAAUGUGGCUUCUUUCAGUGGGCUGACGAGAAUGUGGCACCAGGGACUUUUGCAGCUCCACCCUGGCCAGGAGGCAGAGGAAAAACUCAGGGGCCAGAGGCCAGGAGCAAAAGAGCCAGAGCCAAUUCCUCAGAUGUGGGAUCCACAACAAAGAAGCCCCGGAAAUGCAGCCUUUGCCACCAGCCUGGACAUACCAGACCUUUCUGUCCUCAGAACAGAUGAGGGUAGGCAAGGUAAAGAGACUCAUUCUCACACCUGGAAGUGAACUGAGACCUGGUAAACAAGAGAAGUGUUAGGUUUUGGAGUUGGGCCUUCCUUUGUUGAUGAACAUAAAGCAGACCACUAUGGAAAAGGCCAUUGUGAGACAGUGGCCAUCUGCCCAGGGCUUAGGAAUGACCCCCUAGCAACUGCAUUGCUGAAAGGACAGGACUAGGCCCUUCGUUGGACGGUGGCUGUUAGCAUGUGAUGGCAAGGCUGCUAGCAUGUGUUUCUAUGCGUGCCUGGCUGUGGGCUGCUGUGCUGUCAGGCCAGAUGCUCCCAGGGCUUCCUUUACCUGUUUGAAGCCCCCAUGUGCAGAACCAAGCACUCUUUGCACAGCCUCUGGGUAGCCUGGAUGGGCUUCUCUGCAGCCAUCCCAGAAGGAGGGUGGAAUGCCAGGAGUGACUCUCACACCAGCAAAAGCUUCAUUCUAGCCUCAUCUAGAAGCCACAGCUCUAAUGCCUUAGUGAGUUCCCAAUCGGUGACUAUCCAGAAAGAAGACACCUUUUCUUUGUAUUGGUCUGCUGUUGUGUGUUGUGUGAGAUGCUCCACUGUGAUAGACUGACGCCUCUAGAACUAGAUGCCCAUUUGUCCUCACAUAAGGACUCAGCGUUUAAAUGUCCUGGAAAUAGCCAUGGUGUCUACAGUUCAAGAUUUCAUCCUCAUCAGGGUUAAGAAGAGAGGAAGCUUUCACCCUCCAGGAGACAGGAUACCACAUGUGUCAGGCAGAAUCUCACCUAAUGAACACAAGAGGGAGAUGCAGCUUUUAAACAUAAUUUAUAAUGGGCAAAAAAAAGUACAGAUGCCAGCCACAGCCAGAGGAGCUUCAUUUUAGGGCUCUCACCAGCCAUCCUGGGAAGCUCUGCCAGACUAGCACUUCUUUCCUGUGUGGGGAACACGAGUUCAGCUUGUCUCCACUGUCUCCUUGGAGAAGAGAUACCAGUGCAAUAUUGUGUGUACAACCUUCCAUCUUCCCUCACUCUGCAGAGAUAGCUUCGCAGAAACCCGGAGAACACCUCAGCUUUAUUAGCUCUAGUUUGUUGUCGAGAAGAGAAGCAAAAAUAGGUGUGAAUUGCCUAUUAGUCCCUUUAUUAGUAAAGAAAGUUGUUCUCAGUUGGGGUUGCAGCAGUUUCUCUGAGCAUGGCUCAGUAGCAGGGUUUUUAUAAACGUGGUUUCCUGGCAUUGUUUCUGGAUUCUCCCAGCCUAGAUGAGUGUGAUCUGGGUUUGGGGUUUUCUCCUUGCCACCACCAAUCUUCCCACCUAUCAUUUGUCUCUGGGGUUACCUAAUCUGGAUAUUUCACAUAAAUGGAAUUGUAUGUGA